AUGUCGCCUGCUCUGGACCAGGAAGGGCUCCAGCACGCCAUUCAGGACUCUCAGCCAUGGCACAAGACCGCCAGCUUAAUUCAUCUCUACCUCGGGCUGAUUGCACCUCUACUCACAUCGGCGGCUUGGAGAUUUGACCUAAGCUUAACAGAUGGGUUACAAUCUAUCAAAGUAGUCAUGGAUAACUUCGGUAACCCGACCGGCGCGAAACUUGGCUUCUACGGAGCCUCCAUGUCUGUAGGUGGGCUCGUCGCUUACAUAGUCGGCGGCCCUCUUAACGAUUACCUGGGCCGUCACACUCUUGUCUUUGUCGGUGCAGCCCUGGUAGCUGGCAUGGUUAUCAUGGAAACUUUCUCAACCUCGUUGGAGAUGUUCUCUGGGGCCAAGCUCAUCCUUGGUUUCGGCAGUAAUCUCCAACAACUAGCCGCCCCAGUACUUGUCACCGAGCUCGCCUACCCAAAGCAGCGUGAGGCCAUCACAUCGAUUUACAAGACUUGCAUUUUUAUUGGCCUUAUUAUUGGCUCUUGGAUCACUUUUGCUACGUUUCGCAUGGAGUCGCAGUGGUUUUGCGCCGAGAGCCCGCGUUGGCUAGUCGCCAAGGGGCGUAUUGAAGAAGCGAGGCAGAUUCUGAUCAAGUAUCAUGGCAAUGGCGUCGAGGAUGAUGUCGUCAAGGCGGAGCUACAGGAGAUCAUUGCAGGCCUGGACGCUGACAAGACCAUGCUGAAGCCUAAUAAGGAAGGCAUCAAAACGAUUCUUGGCUCCAAGGGCAACCGUCACCGUCUGUGGCUGGGCUUCUGGACUGCAGUCGGUUCUCAAUGCCUCGGCAGCAACUUUGUCUCGACUUACUUGCCUCUUAUUCUGGACCAGGUCGGCACGACUACCUCCAAGGACAAAACGCUCAUCAACGGUUUGGUCAACAUCUGGCAGUGGGUCUGUGCCGUUACCGCAGCCUUGGUCAUUCCUCGUGUUGGACAACGCACCAUUUUCCUGACGACCACCACUGGUAACACUGUCACAUUCAUUAUUUGGACUGCUUUGACCGCUACAUACCUCCGUGACCCUAAAAAUAGCUAUGGUAUUGGUACCAUUCUCGUUAUCUUCGCCUUCUCCUUCUUCACAGCCAUCUGCUGGAUCCCGCUGCUCAUCAUGUACCCACUUGAGAUGGUUACCACUAAGCAGCGAGGUAUUUUCUUCUCUUGGACAAUGUUUUGCGUCAACGCAUCCAGCUUCAUCGCCAGUUACCUGAAUCCGGUAGCCCUGGAGAACAUUCAAUGGCGGUACUAUAUCGUACAGUGCGUCUUCAACGCUUUGGUUCUGGCAAUUGUCUACUUUACCUUUGUGGAGACGCGUGGUCUUACCUUGGAGGAGGUGGCAGUUAUUUUCGAUGGAAGUGAGGGCUUCGACUACUCAAAUGCCAUGAUCAGUGCCGGAAUGGGGAAGGAAGUUGAGUUGGCUGAGACGACGCAGGAGGAUGAUGCCACCACCAAGGGCACAGCCACAAAGACAGUCUAA